UGCAGGUUCUCCAUACUGAUUUAGAAUGAUAUGCUGAUGUUUGGAUUAAUAACCAGAAAGUGCUUGAAUUAAAGAUAUAUAAGUAGAAGAAGGAUAAUCGUUCCUUAAAUUAGAUGUUUAAAUGAAAGUUAUGUUCUAAGAAGCGGAAGAAUAAGAAGAUUUCAAUGAAGUAAUCAAGGAAGAAAAAUUACUAAAAUGAGUAAUCACGUAAAUUUAUAAUACAAUAAAAGAUGUCCAUCCACAUUGCAAACGGCUUCCAUGUCAGUAAUUACGCUGCUUUGGCUGUUCUUAUGCAGAACUUUUCUCUGGACUGGCAGAAUUUGACACAUAACAGUUCAGUUUUUCAAGACGAGUAUUAUGACCAAGCAGAUAUAUUCACUAGCCUUCCAGGACUCAAAGCUAUAUUCUACGCACUUUACAUCAUUAUCUUUUUCCUUGGAAUUUGCGGAAACGUCUUGGUGUGUUACGUAGUUUUUCGCAACAAAUCGAUGCAAACAGUAACCAACUUCUUCAUCACCAACUUGGCUCUAUCGGAUAUCUUAUUGUGCACUUUUGCAGUCCCAUUUACUCCUCUCUACAUGUUUUUGAGGCAAUGGGUUUUUGGUGAAAUUUUAUGCCAUUUAGUACCGUAUGCUCAAGGCGUGAGUGUUUAUAUAUCAGCUUUUACCCUUAUGUCUAUUGCUAUUGAUAGAUUUUUUGUUAUCAUCUACCCAUUCAAGCCAAGGCUGCAGGUUAAAUAUUGCUACUUGAUUAUUAUAUUGGUGUGGUUACUAGCAGGACUGCUCACACUGCCAUAUGGUAUCUUCAUGGAUCUUAUUCCUACUGAGAAAGGUCUCUACUGUGACGAAGUCUGGCCGUACGAGUCUAGCAGGAAAGCUUUUGGAUUCUCAACUUCCAUCUUGCAGUUCGUCAUCCCCUUCUUCAUUAUCACUUUCUGCUACAUGAAAGUUUGCAUUAAGCUGAAAAAUCGUGCAAGGACCAAACCAGGGACCAAAUCAGUGAAAAAAGAAGAAAUGGAGAGGGAGCGCACACGCCGCACUAAUAGAAUGCUCAUCACGAUGGUCGUUAUCUUCGGUGCCUCGUGGCUUCCCAUCAACAUCUACAACUUGAUCAUAGAUUUCUACAUUCCAGCAGCAUCCUGGACAUUCUUGAACGUCAUCUUCUUCCUCUCUCAUGCAGCAGCCAUGAGCUCGACCUGCUACAACCCGUUUUUGUACGCCUGGCUGAAUGAGAAUUUUCGGAAGGAAUUCAUGAUCGUUCUUCCCUGCUUUAAUUCGGAUGCUUCUGUUCCUAAUGCUUCAACUAGACGAGGAGUUAGCGGGAAGACAGAUAAACCCUGCAAUGGUCAUGAAAAUAUGACUCUUUUGCCUAUGAAGGAUAUAACCAACAAAGAUAGGAAAUUACAGAAAGAUAGAAUCGGAGCCAUAAAAAAUAACACAUCUGUGACUGACACUGUCAGGAUAAAUGUGACGAGCAAUGAUCUGGAUCCAAUUUAAUUACGAAAUGUAGAAUUUCUGCUAUUAGUUGUGUUGCGCAUAUUAUAAAUGAUGCUAAAUUUAAUGUCAUAAAAUGUAACUGAGCUUAUCCAAAAUCAAAUCAGAAAUCAUUUUACUGAUAUGUGGAAAGCCAUUUUUUAAAUUUCUUUUUUAAUAUUGGCUGAAAUCAUGGAAAUAGUAUCUUUACAGAGGGAGUAACAGUUGACUAAGUAGAGCAUU